UCUCGCGUGCUUUGGAGGUGACUCCCGCGAGAUAACAGAGAGGAUUCAGGAGGAGGAAGAAGAAGCGUGUUGUUGUUUGUUUAGGUUUCUCCUCGCAGGGUUAAAAUGGGGACUCUCUGCUCCUUUCUUUGCGCUCUGGGGCUGCUCGCUUUCACCGCCGCGUCCUCGGACGUGUUCGACAGCGUGUUGGGCAACACGGCGUCCUGCCACAAGUCGUGUGAGAUGACAUACAGCCUGCACACGUACCCACGGGAAGAGGAGCUGUACGCCUGUCAGAGAGGCUGCCGUCUGUUCUCCAUUUGUCAGUUUGUUCGUGACAGCGAAGAUCUGAACCAGACUAAAUCCGAGUGUGAAUCCACCUGUCACGAAGCCUAUACCCAAACCGAUGAGCAGUAUGCAUGCAACCUGGGGUGCCAGAACCAGCUCCCAUUUGCUGAGCAGCGGCACGAGCAGUUGGAGGCCAUGAUGCCCAGGAUUCACCUCCUGUACCCGCUGACUCUGGUCCGAGGUCUGUGGGAGGACGUGUUGAAUCAGGCCCACAGCUUCAUCACGUCCACGUGGACGUUCUACCUCCAGGCCGACGAUGGCAAAGUUGUCAUUUUCCAGACCGAACCACAAGUCCGCUUCUUCUCCCAGUUUGAGGUGGAAAAAGAAGUUAAAGAGGAGCCACAGAAGAGUUUCCCCGGGUUGAGCAGCCCUGUUUACAAAGAAUACCAUCGCACUUUAAUCCAGGAAAGAGACAGAGACAUGAUGGGAGACCGCAGCUACGAUGACGACUACAACCUCUUCAGCUGCCUUUCCAGGAAUCCUUGGCUACCAGGGUGGAUCCUCACCACAACUCUGGUCCUGUCAGUCAUGGUCCUGAUCUGGAUCUGCUGUGCCACUGUGGCAACCGCUGUGGAUCAGUAUGUGCCCGCUGAGAAACUGAGCAUCUAUGGUGACAAGGAGUACAUGAAGGAACAGAAACUGAUCCCGUAUCCAGCGUCCUCGCUGCUCAUCAUCACCUCCAAAGGGCCAGAAGAGGAAGAAGCCGGGCCGCUCCCUUCUAAAGUGAACCUGGGUCAGUCCGACAUCUAGACGCCAAAGUCGUAGCAGAGAAGGGAUAUCCUCCUUUAUGAAUAAUCUAUAGUUGAUUUUUAUCCUCUCGCACAAGACCUGUGCUUCUCGCGGUCUAAACAGGAGUAACUACUUGCAGAACGUUUUGUAUUCCUCAUAAUGUCUCGUCUCCCUUUUCUUUUUUUUGAAGCUUUUUAAAACUGAAAUGCUGAAAAGGUUGAGUUUCUGUAUAUUUGUAUGAUUGAGGCAUUAUACUGUAGUGAUGACGAAACAAGUAAAAUGGGUUUGGGGAAUUUUUCUUUCCUGAAUUCUGAGGCGUGCAUUAGUGUGCUGGUGUGCUUUAUUUUAUUGAAUAAUGUUUAAUGAACAGUCUGUGGCUUGAAGUGAUGCAGGUUUUUACCCAGUCCAAAUCUUUUUUUUUUCUUUUUGGUAAAAUGGUUUGUGCUAAUAUUGCAGACUCUCCCAGGUUUUUGUUUUCAUGUUUUUACUGCAGUGAUUUCCAGAUUCAAUUUUACAAUAAAGUUCUAUGCUCUUAAUUAAAAUGAAUUAAUAGUGGUGGUACAUACAGUAGGUCUUUUCCUGCUUCACUGUCGUCUGUUCUAGUAAUGAUGGAACUGAAUUAAAUACAAUGGAGUAAAGUUCUUCA